GUGGGUCCUGUGACGUCAGCGAGUCCGAGCUGCCUGGGAGGAGGCUGGGGCCGGGGGCGCCGAGCAGGGAGAGCCCGGCCCCGAGAGCAGAGCCGCGGGAGAAGAGCGGGCGGGAGCCGGCCGGGAGCCGGAGCCCCUCAGGCACUUGCUCGACCGCCCAGCCGAUCGGCGCUCACGGAGUGGCCCGCAGGCCCCCGCCCGGGCCCAUUCCCACCCCGGGCCCCUCCAUGGCCCGGGCCGCAGCCCUCUCGCCGUCGAGAUCGUCGCCGACUCUGCCUCUCCUGACGCUGCUGCUGCUGCUGCUGCUCCGGGAAACCGGAGCCCAGGAUGUGCAAGUUCGAGUGCCGCCCGAGGUGCGGGGCGACCUGGGGGGGACCGUGCAGCUCCCAUGUCUCCUGCUCCCAUCGGGACCGGAGGUCCGAGUCUCACAGGUGACGUGGCUGCACGUGGACGCCACCGGCGCCAGCAGGAGCGUGGCCGCCUUCCACCCUGCCUAUGGGCCCAGCUUCCGCGACUCCAAGUCUGGCGAAGAGCGGCUGUCCUUCGUCACCGCCGGGCCGAGCGCGGGGGCCAGGCAGGGCACCGAGAAGGAGCUACACGAUGCCACGCUGGCCCUCCGGGGGCUGACGGUGGAGGACGAGGGCAACUACACCUGCGAGUUUGCCACCUUCCCCAGUGGCACCAGUCGGGGGGUGACUCGGCUCCGGGCCAUAGCACAGCCGCAGAACCAUGCUGACACGCAGGAGGUCACCCUCAGCCUGGAAGCUGUGCCUGUGGCCCGCUGUGUCUCCGAGGGGGGCCGGCCACCCGCCCGAAUCUCCUGGUUCUCGCCCCUGGACGGGGAGGCCAAAGAGAGCCAGAUGUCCGGGCCUGUGCCCGGCACGUUCACUGUCACCAGCCGCUUCAUCUUGGUGCCCCUGAGCCAAGCAGAUGGUGUCAAGGUCACCUGCAAAGUGGAGCACGAGAGCUUUCAGGAGCCCAUCUUGCUGCCCAUUACCCUCUCUGUGCGCUACCCCCCCGAGGUCUCCAUCUCCGGCUAUGACGACAACUGGUACCUCGGCCGCAGAGACGCCUCCCUGAACUGUGAUGUCCGCAGCAAGCCGGAGCCCACGGGCUACGACUGGAGCACGACCACAGGUGUCUUCCCCGCUUCCGCAGUCGCCCAGGGCCCCCAGCUCAUCAUCCAUUCGGUGGACAAACUAGUCAACACCACGUUCAUCUGCACCGUCACCAACGCUGUGGGCACGGGUCAUGCUGAGCAGGUGGUCCUCGUCCGAGACACACCCCGGGCCUCGCCCCGAGACGUGGGUCCAGUGGUGUGGGGGGCCGUGGGGGGGACACUGCUGGUGCUGCUGCUUCUGGCUGGGGGGUCCUUGGCCUUCAUCUUGCUGAGGGUGAGGAGGAGGAGGAAGAGCCCAGGAGGAGGAGGAGGAGGCGCAGACCACAAUGGAGGAGGAUCCUACGAUCCAAAAACUCAGGUGUUUGGGAAUGGGGGCCCCGUCUUCUGGACGCCAGCCGCCCCUGGUCCCCUGAAGCCAGAUGGCAAGGACGAGGAGGACGAGGAGGACGAGGAGAAGGCAGAGGAAGGUCUCAUGUUGCCUCCACCCAAGGCUCUCGAGGACGACAUGGAGUCCCAGCUGGAUGGCUCCCUCAUUUCCCGGCGGGCAAUUUACGUGUGACCCUGAGACAGACAGAGACCGAGACAAGAGACAGCCACGCCAGCCAAGGGCUCCAGACUGGCAGGACUUGUUUUUCUGGACGACACUGGAGCCCGAAUGCUCCCUCCAGCUUCCCUGGGACUGGGAGGGAGCAGGCAUCGCACACUGGACCUCUGUCUCCAGGGAUGCAUGGGGAAGGGGAGGGCCCCUGCGGAGCUCAGUAAUGGGGACCCAGAGAGGACCCCCUCCCCCACCCCCAGAGACUUCCUUUUGGCUCAGGCCUGCCCCUCCCUGCCCCGUGACACUCAGGAGUUAAUAAACGCCUUGGAGGAAAACA